AUAUUCGGCAAGCACAUCACAUUUAUUAUCAUUUGAGAAAAUCUUCUUGCAUAAUAUGCACAUCUACAUACGUUCGCUGAAAACCUGGUAUUAAUCUCCCAGCGAGUGUUAGAAAUGUAGGGUAAAAAGGAUAUUGAGAAAUCACGUGAGACUGGUGAGAGACUUGGAGAAGAUGAAACGGAGUAAAUCUCAAUUGUGGUGGUUUUAGACAGAACCUCGAGCUGUAAUUUCGUAUUUGUAUUGUACUUUGUCUUUUUUUAAUUAUCAGCCAAACCAACCGUAACUGAAGUCGACCUUUAUUAAUUUAUGGCGUCAGCAGUAUUCUCAUUUCGCCUGAUAUUCACAAUACAUUUGUUUCCGUAGAAGACUGAGUAAAUUUUUAAUUAGGUCGGGCCAGCUGCGACCAGCAUUAUCCUGUAAUUGGUUGUUUUCCAUGUAGUAUAUGCCACAAUUCUGUAACAGCAACAACUACUUUGUCACUGAAGCCUGCAGAGUUGAUAGAAAUAGUUUAUUAGGUCAGUUCUAACAGACAUGUCAGUCCACAUUGCACAAAACCCAAUAGUUCCGAAUUCGAUAAGUCUAUUUACGUGUGCUCGCUGCUGCUAAACCACGGCUACACUGGCUACAUAUUUAAUAAAUAAACGUGUCACCAAACUCGGAAGGAUGCAUUGGCACUAAUUCUAGGUGAUGAGUAUCGUAGCACAAACCUGGGAAUCAAUAUUUUUCUUUAAAUUACACACAGUGAAAUAGUCGAGUAUUAUUUAAUAAUCAAGCACUUGCCCUCCUGUCCCUGUCAUUUGCCGUCACUCAAAAUCUUUCUCAGCUUUGUCAACUCGAUAAACUAGGAUUGGUGUCACGAUGAUGACAUUUAGUUUGGCUGGAAAGUGUCAAACAGAUGCUACUGCAAUAUACAAAAAAGUUCGUGGGUGGGGACCCGAAUGUCAAAUUAUUGUUGCAUUAGGACAAAAGGUCUUUAAGAAGAAACCAGGAAAGCAGAUUUACAAACGUCUCAAACGAAAAUGCACCAGCAUACACCGACAAACAGGAUUCAUUACCUCGUCAGUGCGCAAAAUAGGAUGCGAACUCACACAAUUGUAAUUUCAAACGUGAAAAUUUUGAAUGGAAGCGCACGAUGUUAAAAUGCGUUAAAAAUAAGACGUGAGUUUGAUAAGUUUGUUCCUGCUCACACUAAAAAACCACCAAUGGGAUCAGUUUAUACAAGGAAUAACACCGUUGCAAGUACAAUCAACUGGUUUUCUACAUGUUAUAUUGUCUGCAUGAUGCAACCACUCAAGAGACUUUGAAACGGUUGCUUUCACGUUGAACAGUUUUGAUUUUCAUUUAAAGUUAAGUUUUGAGCCUGUAAUUUGGAAAGCAACAAAGGAGCGUGAGGAGGAGGCCAGUGAGUGAGCUGAGAGUGAAUGCACAAGGGACAGGCGAAUUUAUUCCUCAAGUUUGCACGGAGAAAGUAAAAGCUCUAAAGCAAUAAAAUCCCAUUUUAUGAGCAGGUUGCCAUUAUUAUCCAGUUUGGAUUUUGCUCGUGGGUUGUGAUGUGGCACAGGAAAGUUCUUGCAGAAUGAAAUAGAAAGUUGGUCAAGUCUGAGUGACACGGAAUUAAGGAGGAGCUACCGGUGCUGGGAUGCAGACUGAUAAAACAACUAUUUGUUCAAGUCUAAAUUUAAAACAAUGUUUCCUCAAGUUUUUAAAGUAUUUCCUGAAAACUUGGUUUUCUUCGCAGCACGCGGAAAGCGUGGUAAUUCACAAAGGAUGUAUUUUUAACACAACUAACAAAGUUUAUUUCAACAUGCUUUAUUUGCUUUAUUUUACAUAAGUUUACAACACAAAAAUCAUAGCACUAAGGAGUCCGUAGAAGUGAAUUGAUAUGGCGGUGCAGACUAAUCAACCCCACGUCGUUAUUGACGUAACUUUUAUCCAGUGCUGGUGACGACAAUUGGAGCUCAACAGUGUGCGGAAGGUGGAUAAUGUCGGAGGCACACAGGAAACGACGCCUCAAUUUACAAAGAUGGGCUUCUGCAGAGGAACGCGAGCGAGGUGGCGACGGCCGGAGAUGGCAAAGGGCACCAUCCCUCCGCCUAGCGAACGGGAGAUUGCGCGGUGGUCCUUACUCGUCGGUGCCGGGGUGCGUGACCGGACCCUACUCUUACUCCCACCCGACCUCUCCCACCAUCGUGUCUGACCGUCAUGUGGGUCUACACGGUUUCGGACUGGGUCACCAUCGACCGAGUCAUCAUCACGGUUCCACCACAGUCGUCAUUGGCGACCGUGUCAGCUACCACCCUUCCGACUCACUGCUAACUGUGGACGACGACGAUCUACUCGUCGACGACUACAUUACCCCUGAAAUGAACUACCCAAGAGAACCACCCUCCGGAUCUGGUGGACCCGGAGGGAUGAGUGGCUCGAAAGUGCAUUUCUCUGGGGACGAUGUGAGCCUGUAUGGCACGCCCAAGGACGAGCCAUUGACUCCCAGCAUGACAAAUCUGGACAAGAGCGGAGGCCACUCUGGCUCUUCUGCGGGAGUGGGUGGGGACUCCAAGCCCUCCUUCAUCCGCAACCAGCUUCAAGCCCUUUUCCAACCCACGGACAACAAGUUAGCCAUGAAGUUGUUUGGUUCGAAAAAAGCCCUGAUGAAAGAGAGAAUUAGACAAAAGAAUGCGGGACAUUGGAUUAUUCACCCUUGCUCUAACUUUAGGUUCUAUUGGGAUUUGUGCAUGUUGCUGCUGCUGGUGGCCAACUUGAUAAUUCUUCCCGUGGCCAUUUCCUUCUUCAGAGAUGAUCUCAGUAUCCGCUGGAUUGCUUUUAAUUGCCUUUCUGACACUAUCUUCCUUAUUGACAUUGCUGUUAAUUUUCGAACUGGUAUAAUGCUGAAGGACAAUGCGGAGCAAGUGAUUUUAGACCCAGUGUUGAUAGCAAAACAUUACUUAAAAACUUGGUUUGCUCUGGACUUGAUAUCAUCCAUUCCAUUGGACUAUAUCGUGCUCAUCGUUUGUUAUCUGGAGUACUGCGAUUUCAGCGACAGUGUGCACAGUUUCCAAUUUAUACACGCGGGUCGUGCGCUCAAAAUUUUGCGAAUGGUCAAACUGCUCAGCUUGGUUCGUCUUCUUCGGCUAUCGAGACUUGUUCGAUACGUGUCGCAAUGGGAAGAAGUUUAUCUACGUCAAAGCCUGCACCAAAAAAGAACUCGAGAGCGACGAGACUCAACUUCUUUCGGGAAGGAGGCUUUUUCUGGAAAAAAUCUUAUUCUACAGUUCCUGAAUAUGGCGUCGGUAUUCAUGCGCAUAUUUAAUCUGAUAUGUAUGAUGCUACUGAUUGGACACUGGUCUGGGUGCCUACAAUUCCUCGUGCCUAUGCUCCAAGGGUUCCCUUCCAACUCGUGGGUCGCUAUAAAUGAGCUCCAGGACGCCUUUUGGCUGGAGCAGUAUAGCUGGGCGUUAUUCAAAGCAAUGUCGCAUAUGUUGUGUAUAGGUUACGGACGCUUCCCCCCUCAAAGUCUGACAGACAUGUGGCUAACCAUGUUAUCCAUGAUUUCUGGUGCCACGUGCUACGCACUUUUUCUUGGUCACGCCACCAACCUUAUUCAGAGCCUGGAUUCUUCAAGAAGACAAUACCGAGAAAAGUUGAAACAAGUGGAGGAGUACAUGGCAUACAGGAAACUUCCAAGGAAUAUGCGAGCCCGCAUUUCUGAAUAUUUCGAGCACAGAUAUCAAGGAAAAUUCUUUGAUGAGGACGCCAUACUUGGAGAACUGUCUGAAAAGCUGAGAGAGGAUGUAAUAAACUACAACUGCCGUUCACUGGUAGCUUCGGUUCCAUUUUUUGCUAAUGCAGACCCUGAUUUUGUCUCUGAAGUGGUCACUAAACUCCAAUACGAGGUCUUCCAACCCGGUGAUAUAAUAAUAAAGGAGGGGACGAUAGGAACGAAAAUGUAUUUUAUUCAAGAGGGCAUUGUCGACAUUGUGAUGGCCAAUGGCGAAGUUGCAACAUCUUUAUCAGAUGGGUCCUACUUUGGGGAAAUAUGUCUCCUCACAAACGCAAGGAGAGUGGCCAGCGUAAGGGCGGAAACAUACUGCAACCUCUUCUCCCUGAGUGUGGAACAUUUCAACGCAGUUCUUGACCAAUAUCCUUUGAUGCGAAGGACCAUGGAGUCUGUCGCAGCAGAGAGACUGAACAAAAUUGGAAAGAACCCGAACCUAGUAGCGACACGAGAGGACCAAUCGGUGUCUGCCAUUGUGACUGCUCUCUCAGAACAAGCGGCGCACGAAGACGAAGAAGUGGAUCUGCAGCCGACCCCACCUCCAAGCAAUAAAUCCAAAGACAAGGACAAAUGUGACAUGAGAGAGUUGACAAAAGCUUUAGCCAAAGUUAAUCUGCCUCGUCCGAAAUCUGAAAAUUGUUUUCUCGCCUCACUCGAAACGUUAAAUAAUACCGUGCCCACCACCACACCCGGACCCAUCAGUUCAUCUGCCGUCACGUCAAUGUCGUCCAAGCUCCUCGUCGCCGCGGUCACUGCCCCACUUCUCACUACCAUGGGUCACCCACAACUAAUGAGCCACAUGGCGGGGACUAGUCAACCAUCGGGCGCUGCUCACUCAUCGACUAAUGCUGAUGUCAUUGUCAAAACGGCGUCGGCCCCAGUAACACCGAUCCCCGGAGGUAAAGCAGGAGUUGAGAAACCACCUUCAUAUUCGCAGGUGACGGGCACAAUUGGCCCAGCAACUACUACGACGACUACAUCGCAAGUUCAUGUUAUCGGGCAGCCAUUGGUUGUGGUGCCCAUUACCAUUACCACUUCGGCAGCCGUGUCUGCACCUCCUGCUUCUUCAACAACUAGUCAACAGACUCCUAAACCGACUUUCUUUGUGGGACCGGCUACUCCACCAACCCCCACCACGACAGGGGGCAGCCCCACAUCGGCCAUAACUCAGUCCAUGACCACUUCCUCUAUGCCUUCAAGUUCAACUAAACAACCCACGACGACUUCGUCUAUCUCUUCAAAACCAGUGAGUUCCCCUUCAGUAACUGUUACAAGACCUUCCCCUGCUGGCUCCAGCUCUAGCGUGCAGCAGGCUUCCCCAGUCUCGAGGGCGAAGGGACCCCAAACCACACCAAGUUCUGUUCCCGCAUCUUCAAAGCCUUUAUCUAUAACCAAAUCUGCGACUACCACUGCUGCUCCUCCAGUCGCCGCUGCUGCUCCAGCACCGGUGCCGAGUCGAAUGACCCAAGCGACAAAGCCAGGAGUUGCAAAACCCACGCCGUCUCCACCUUCAAGUAUAAAGAUUUCAGGAAAAGACAAGGGUAGCACCAGUAGUUUUUCAGAAGCGAUGAGUAGCCGACCUUCACCAACCCCUCCAGUUACCACCACCUCAUCACAAUCAACCGUCAUAAAUAUGCCACCUCAGCAAACAUCCAGCUCAUCAAAUAGCAGUAGAACUACGCCCAAGACGACCGACAGUGGGUCUGGAGGAGCAAGUACUCAUUACCGUUAAAAUACUUGAACUCAUAGGCCAAUUUUAUAUCCCCGUCUCCCGUGAUUAUAUUGUCAUAAACAAUACAUAUGCCAUUGCUUAAAUUAAGUGCAAUCCCAAUAAUACGAAUAAAGACUAUUAACCAUUACAUACUUGAGUAUAGGGGAUGAGACAAACCAAAUACUUUUAAAUAUGUAGAUGAGUACAUAUGUAUGGACACGUACGUAUGUACAUGCGUACUUACAAGUUGUAUCAUUUCCCUUGAAUAACCUAGCGAAAUAAAACUGAGAUGCGAUACAGCCUUUCCUAAAAGCAAUAGUUUUAUAGAAAUGAACGAAUUGACCGUUUCAGGAUAAUUUUAAUAAUUUAUAUAACCGAAAGAAGUAUGAAACUAUAGAGUACGACAUUUUUACGCUAAGAGGUAAACAUGCCCAAAAAGAUAUUUACAUAGACAUGAAAUAUUGUUACAUAUAUUCAAAAGAUAUAGUGAUGUGCAAAACUACCGAUAGUGUAACUCUAAGAAUAAUCAAGUCCAUCUCUGCGAAAUUGGACGUAGAAAACGUAAUUUUGUAUGCAUUUAAAAGUUAAGUAGGUGCACUGAGCCCCCAUGUCGUUAAAUCCCCGUGCACCACAUAUAUUUAGUUGUAAAUAAUAAAUCCAUCCAAAUGAAACCAUCAACCCCACCCACCUGUAACAUGAAUAUAUCAACAGAGAGUCUCAAAAUCCGUACCCAAUCUCAUCCUCUGAGUCACGGUAGUAAAACUAAGAAUUAGGAACAGACACAUAUUUUGUAGAGGCAAUCAAUCAAUCAUUCGAUCAAGUCGAGUCAAUGUCAAUAAAAUCACAAAACGUCAAUCUAUUAGCUUGUAACAUGGAAAGAAAAUAAUAUUGUACACUUUUUUUUGAUGCGCCUUAUGUUUUCCUUUCACCCACUGAAAUGGUUGGUCGUCGUCAUGUUCACCUGUGAUCAGAGAGUAGUAGUUUCAUUACAGAUGAAAUUUUUAGAUCAAAUUCAUAAAACAGUCCUUAUAUCUAAAAACGACAUUUGUACAAGUAUUACUAGGUCUUACACUAAAGUGUACUAUGUAAAAUAUGGUGCAAAAAUAGCAGGAAGAAUAAAGAUUGCUUCACACAUGGAGGAGAGUCAAUGUAUGGCAAUGCAUUGUCAUCAUUAUGGGAUUCAAAUGGAAAAUUAGUGAACCUGCUAAAUAAAUAUAUGUACUUUUAGUACCGAAUCACCGAUUUAUCUCACUCAGGCAUUUCUUUUCAAGAUUUUAUCCCAGCAACGCCAUUUCCAACUUUUAUCUACUGCUCCAUUUAUUAUUCUUGCUGUACUAUCAAAGGUAUUCAGUAUUAGAAUCAGCUACAGUUACACAUGUAUUGAUACCCAAGUAAAAGCAAACCGAAAGUAUUCUCGAAGUAAAUAUAUUUAAUAUAAUGAUAUUUAAUAAUAAGUGGAUAAAUAAAUAUAACAGCUUCCGUUUGUUACAUUCUUUUGUAUUUUACCGAAGGUGCGAAUGCUGGUGCUCAACCUUGUUAUUAAAUUAUGUAAUUAUUAAACUUUAAUAAGGCAAGAAAUCCUCACAAGGAAUUUAGUAUUGGUUUCAAUAUAUAAAUGAAUAAAAAACGGAGAAGAUUUUAAAAGGUAGAAAUGUGAUCACCUCAGCCUAAUCUUAAUGGAAUAUUAAUACUUAAAAAUAUAUAUGUAUAACAAUACAACCCUGGCCCAAUGAGUAUCUAUCUAUUAAAAAAUGACAUACACAACAUCUUUUAGUUAUUUAUUUAUACAACUUUCUGUACAUUUGUUACCGUUCAGAUUCACCACUUUGUUAUUAAUUGUUACUAUAUUAUCCUUUCCCAAAAGCUCAGUCAUAUCAACUAAAUACUUACACAAAAGUAUUAAACUAUUGAAUUAUUGUUUAAAAAUCAUCACGAUACUCCCACUAAUAUCCUUAAUGUAGUGGGUAAUUAAUUAAUAAAAUUAUGUGUCAUGCAAGGUAAUUUAUAGAUUUUUUUUCAUUUUUAGCUUCGUCCUAGUUUGAUCUGAAUCGUAAAUCAAAUGCACAACAUAUUUGAAUUUGUGAUUCUACUCGUAGCUCUAAUUAAUUGAAAUUAAUUAGCUACCUUGUAGUCAGUAAAUUAAUUAAUUGUUAUUAUUAAUUAAAUAUUAUUAUUGUAAUGACAAAACUGAUGCAACUCAUUUGAAUGAAAUUAGUUAGAUUCUUGCAGGGAAGCUGAACCUUAAAAAUUAUUAAUUAUUACUUAAUAAUGCAACUCAUAGUGCCUCUGUAGCCUUUAGAAUGGUAGUGUCAACAACAAACCAAGAAAAAAACUUGAUAAACUUCCUGCGAUUUGAAGUAUAGUAACAACGAGGGUGAGGAUUCCGAAAAAAUUACAAAGUCAAUUUACGUUAAAUUUUAAAAGAAAUAAUUAUUUACAUAUAAUUUAAUUAUUUACAAAUAUUUAGAAAUAUGUAGAGUAAGAAAAUUUCAAGUGCUUUUUUGACUUCCAUAAUUUGUUUGUUCAUUUGAGAAUAUUUCUGUAAACUCAGCCCCAUUUUAUUCGAAAGUCCCAAUGAUAAGUUGUGUAUGCAGAUUUUACUCCGGAGACAAUGUCAACAGUUGAAAGUAUAAGCUUGAAUUGAAAUUAAUAAAUUUACAGCGAACAACAAAGGAAAUUAAA